AUGCCAAUUAGGAUCACCUUUGUAAUUUGUGGUCUCAUUACUUCUGUUGGAAACACAUACUUCGUAGAGCAAGCAAACCACAUGAAUUAUAAGAUUGGAAAACUAAAGUUGCCUAACUCAGUCAAUCUGGUGUUCUAUGAAAUAUCAAAGUCACUGAUUAAGUUAAUUUACACUGCUAUUGGAAGGUGCUUAAGAGGAGCACGCAAAGAAAAGUAUGCCCCCUCAAUUGGCAUUGCGCUUGCUACAAUCUUCUCAGUGUUAUGUUGCAUAACUGCUUCUGGAAUCGAAACUCGAAGGAUACAUGUGAUCAGAAGUCAUGGACUGCUAGAUAAACCGGAAGAUAAGAUCCCUUUGAGUGUGUUUGUGCUUCUUCCACAAUACUUUCUUCUAGCUGGUCUGGACUCGCUCUAUGAAAACAAUGUUACCCCUUUCUUGACUGAUCAGAGUCCUCCUUCGAUGAAAAAGUACCUUGUAUACCUCAGUCCUGGAUUAUCUGGGCUAGGAAUCGUUGGAAGUGUUUUAUCAGUUUAUGUUGUAGGUAAAGUUAGUGAAAAAGGGGGAAAAAGGAAUUGGUUUCAGUACACAUUAAACCAGAGUCGCCUGGAUCGCUAUUAUUCGGUGCUUGCUGUCCUGAGUGCUGCAAAUUUCAUUUGGUUUGUAUUCUGGGCUGUAUUGUUCCCUCUUAGAGAACCAGGUUCAAAUGAUGAGAAAGCUGCUGAAAAUGAUGAAGAAAAGGCUGGAAAUAAUGAUGGAAAUGAGGAACAGACUCGAAAUCAAGAAAAAGAGGAACCUAUUGGAAAUAGAGAAUGGGUUGACCCUUCUCUGAAUUUUGUUAACGAUCUUUUGGCUGCUAACAUUACACGUUGA